AUGACCUCCACACUCCUAACCCGGGCAGCCAGGCCCGCAUGCCGCACGCUCGCCAAUUCCAGCACGAUUCUCUCCGCCGCACAACUCCCACCUUCCACCACCACCGCCAACACCACCCGCGGAUACUCGACAUCGACAGAGACGACGACCACAACCGACACACAGCAGCCUCGAUGGGCACAUACCCCGCCCCGCGCAAAGGCGCCGUUCAGUCUGCGGUAUAACUCCCGACGGCCCGAGUAUCUGGUCAACUCGGAUCCGAAGCGGCUGGAUCAGUUCUAUAUUCGCAUGUUGGGCGAGGGUGGUGAAAAGGUGCUUUCAGAGGAGGUGAAGUGGCUUGCUGUUACGCAUAAGAGCUUUGACCAGGGUCGGAGGGGCUUUAAUGAUCGGUUGGCUUUUGUUGGCAAGCGCAUCGUGCAAUUGCAGACCUCGUUGGCUCUGGUUCAGAACCCGGCGAACUCGGCUGGUCCUGUUGCGGAAGACCCCCAUGGCCGGCAACCGUUUGCUCACCCGGCGCUAGAGGGGCUGAACAGUCUUUCCGACAGCACGAAGAUGCUGCUCACUGGUAAGACGAAGCUGGCGCAGUUGGCACAGAAAUACGACAUGCAGAAUGUUCUCAGGUGGUCGCCGCGAAAGCCCAAUAACCUCGCUGCCUCCGGAAUCGAACUCGUCAUGGCUCACACAAUGUACGCGGUUAUCGGUGCCAUUGCUCUGGAAAAGGGUGGACAUUUUGCCAACAAGGUGGCCCAGGAUCGGAUACUGGAACCCUUGGGGGUGAAGACGAUUGCCUAA